AUGGCUGAGACUCGCGCGAUCGACCACGAGGUGGCGAUCGCUGCUGACGAUGUGACUGACGAUAGCGCAUCGGAAUCAGGAAGUUUCGCUCUUUCAAGUAAAAGUGUGACCAGUUCUCUCCUUCAGUAUCGAGUGGAGAAUGGCAGAACCUAUCACUUCUACAAGGAAGGCAAAUAUGUCAUGCCGAACGACGACAGAGAAAGCGACAGACUAGAGAAGCCAGACGCUCAGCAUCGAAUAAUGAUCCACACACUGGGAGGCUGGCUUGGAUUGGCUCCCCCGUGCGACCCCGAGGCCAAGGUCGGUCGCGUCCUUGAUGUCGGUACAGGAACUGGAAUCUGGGCGGCCGACUUUGGCGCAGUACACCCUGAGGCUGAUGUCCUUGGCAUGGAUCUCUCUGCCCCGCAGAUAGAAAUCGCCCCUGAUAACGUUAGGUUCGAGAUUGAUGACCUGGAGGAGGAGUGGAUCUACUCGCGCCCGUUUGACUACAUCCACCAUCGACUGCUGAACUCGUGCAUCAAUGAUUGGGACGCGUACUUGACCAAGAUUUAUGAAAAUCUGGUGCCAGGUGGUUACGUGGAGCUACAAGAGGGCGAGAUCCGCCUGAAGUCCGACGACGACACUCUUCCCGCCGACAGCGACCUGGCCAAGUAUAUUGACCUGCUCCAAGAAGCCGCGGAAAAGAACGGCCGCAAGUGGAUGGACAUGCGCGCUGUCAAGGCUAAGAUGCUUGAGAUUGGUUUCGUCGAUGUAGAACUUUACUACUACAAAUGGCCGAUCAACGAUUGGCCCAAGCAUCAGUAUUAUAAGGACCUAGGAACCUGGAACUACGAGAAUACCUCCGACGCCCUCGAGGCUAUGUGCGUGGCCCUUUUCACCCGCGUUCUCGGAUGGAAGCGGCACGAGGUCAACGUCUUCCUCAUCGGUGUCCGGAAGGAUCUGAAGAACCGGACUUAUCACGCCUACUUUCCAAUCCCCAUCAUUGUUGGACGCAAGCCAGAGGCCAAGAAGACUCCUGCGAAGACCGAUGCCUAA